AGCAAAAAGUGUUGAACAACCUUCAUUGUAUCGUCGCUUUACCAAGAUCUAAUCUAAUAUUCUAUAUAUAUAAAACAUUUGUUUAAUUGUUUUACACACAAUAAUUUAAUAUAAUUUCGAUGUAAAUUUUAAUCUAGUUUCUACGAAUUUUUCAUAGAUGGCGUUAUAAGCUUUUUCCAAAGUGAUUAAUAUCUUUGAGGCCUUCUGGCGACAGUGUAGACAUUUACUAUAAAUUUGUCUCUUUCUAGGUCUUGUUUUGUAUUUGUAUUUUUAAUCUUGUUAAGGAUUAAUUAUUAGAUUAUUUAAUAAUGGCGGAAGCAUCUAAUUCAAAAUCUGCAAAUGAUCCUCAAUAUUAUAAAAAUGAAUCAACUAAUUACAUAGCUGAAAUUCGACAAAUGAUGCACGGGUUUGGUGAUUGUAGUGAACCAUUAGUAGAAUCUGCAAAAAUAAUAGAAGAUGUCGUGUUGCAUCAAAUGAGAGGAAUUGUUAAAAAAGCAUGUGAAGUUGCUGAAAGGCGAGGAGUAUUGAAAAAAUCUAAUGUUGUAACAGCUGAAGAUUUUAUGUUUUUGUUACGUAAAGAUAAAAUUAAGCUACAGCGGUUGAUUAAAUAUUUAGAAUUGAAACAAUUCAAAGCUUCUGUCAAUAAAGUUUUGAAAGGUGAUGAUCCAGAGGAUAUUGUAGAUAAUGAACAAUUACAAAAUAGUAAACCAAAGGGUCCAUAUCAUGAAUUUCUUAGUACCAUUGAUAAUACUGGAGAACUUUUUGAAAAUAAGUCUAUUAUAGAUGAAAUAAAAUUAAACAGAUGUAUUCGUGCUGAGAUGAUUACACGUUCAAUGGAUGAAGCUCGUUAUAUUAAAUUUAGUAAUGCACGUAAUGCAUCUUUUGCAAAUAAAAAUCGUCAUAAAUUUAAUGAUUGGAUUUGUACAGAUGGUACCAUCACAAUAUCCAAAGAAGGUUAUGUGAUUUUAGGAUAUUUAGCAUAUGAAACAGUUGCACAAAUUAUUGAUCUUGUUUUUCUAGUACGGCAAGAUCAGACUAAAAUAUAUGGAGAUGCCAUAGAUCGUCUUAAACUAAGUUAUGUUAAUCCAUAUACAUAUAAACCAUAUUAUCAUGGAAAGGGUGCUGCAACUAAACCAAUAACUCCAGCUGAAAUAACUGAAGCUCUUAGACGUUUUUGGUCACCACAGUUAGAUAUAACAGGACCAUUUAAUCGUUGGUCAGUGCGUCCACCUCAUUUAAAAUUCCUUUCUUGUUAAACUUAUGCUAUAAGUGAGAUUUUCUACUUAAAAUUGGACUGGAACCACCACCUAUAUUCUUUAUUAAACUUCUUAGUGUUUUAGGAUUUUCCAUUAAAGGAGAUUCCCUAAAUAAAAAAUAAUGUAGAUGUAUAAUUUAAUUAUUUAAUACGAUAUAUAAAAGAAUAAUACAUACUGAGCAAUGAUGUAAAAGUCAUCCAUAAUUGGUGGAUACUGUGGCACUGGACCUGGAUUUACAUCAGCAAUUGUUUCUAUUUUAAUAGGUUCAUUUAAUUUUUGUCUCAAUGCUUCAUUUUCCUCUUGUAAACGUUUUAACUUAUUCGUAUCUUCAUCUAUUGUUAAUAAUGUUGGUUGUGGCAUACACUAUAAAAGUUUAACUCAUUGCAGAUAUAACAUAUGUUAAUCUAUCCAUUUCAUAUUUAUAAUUAAAACUUGAAAUUUACCUACUUGAAAAAUAGUUGCAAGAAAAUUAUGUAAAGAAACCAACAUAGUAUCUUGCCAUUGUCUGCUAAAAUGUACUGAAUAUGUUGGAUUAUCUUCAGGAUUUUUUACAAAUGGUAACGCUGUAAGAUUAUAAUUAAAAGAUAAUAUAUA